UUCUUCUCUUCACUUCCAUUGUCUCCCUUUCCUUUCCUUUCCUUCGUAGCUCUUACAAAAACAGAACCCUCAGUACAAAAACUUUAAUUAAAAAAAAAAAAAAAGACAUCUAUUUCUGUUUCCUCACUUCUGAGCAAUCUCUUGUCUCCCUUUCUCUCCUUCUUGCAAAACAGAACACACAGCACAGAAACCUUAACAGGAAAACCUGACCAUCCAUAACAACCUGAACCGGAAGAUAAUCAGAGUCGGUUUUUGUUUUCUUUCAAUGGUGUCGGUUAACCCUAACCCGGCUCAAGGCUUUUAUUUCUUUGAUCCCAUGAAUAAUAGUAAUAUGGGGUUACCCGGUCUCGAUUCCCUGCCACCACCACCAACAACAACGGCAGCAACACCAUCCAAUACUGCUACUGCUACUGCUACUAAUACUUGUAAAAAUACAGUUUCGACGGUAAAUACUAAUAAUAAUCAUAAUAAUACGGUGAUGUCGUUCUCGGAGGAUUCGAGUAAGAAGAUCCGGAAACCUUAUACUAUUACUAAGUCUAGAGAGAGCUGGACUGAACAGGAGCAUGACAAGUUUCUAGAAGCCCUCCAAUUAUUUGAUCGUGAUUGGAAGAAGAUUGAAGCAUUUGUUGGGUCAAAGACUGUCAUACAGAUACGGAGUCAUGCACAAAAGUACUUUCUGAAGGUUCAGAAGAGUGGAACAAGUGAACAUGUACCUCCACCUCGUCCAAAGAGAAAAGCAGCUCAUCCCUACCCGCAAAAGGCUUCUAAAAGUGCUGUUGUUGCAUCACAAGCGACUGGGCUAUUUCAAUCUUCAUCUACUUUGCUUGAACCUGGAUAUCUCUAUCGGCCAGAUACAACAUCAGAUCUUGGAAAUCCAAUUACCAGUGGAUCUUCAUCUACCUGGAGUUAUAACUCUGGACCACCAGUGAACAUGUCACAGAUGACUACAGAUGAUGCGGGAUUGGCUGGGCCAACAAUUUCAUAUAAAUGUUGCUACAGUAGCAGUAAUGAAAGCACCCCAAGGACUUGGCAAGCUGGCAAAAUAAUUGAUAAUAAGGAUCAGGGCAAGCCAGAGAGAGUUAUGCCAGACUUUGCUCAAGUGUACAGCUUCAUUGGAAGUGUCUUUGACCCCAAUGCCAGGGAUCACUUGCAGAGGUUGAAGCAGAUGGACCCAAUAAAUUUGGAAACAGUGGUGUUGUUGAUGAGGAACCUCUCUGUCAAUUUGACAAGUCCAGAAUUCGAGGAUCAUAGAAGGCUGCUUGCUUCGUAUGAUGUUGACUCUGAGAAAGAAAACUCAGGUGGUUCUUACAGCAAUUGCAGUGUUGAUAAUUUGGGCAACCCCAUUCCAGCUAUGUAAAGGUGCAAUGCAAAUUCAGUGAACUUGCUGUACUGUGGACACCAAAUAGUAAAUGCCAAUCUGGAAACGCGAAGGCUGUGUGGAUAGGGCAAGGGAGUGAAAGUGUCUAGAAGUUUAUCUGUAUAUAUGCGUGUGUUCCAUAGCACGUGCUCUUCCUAGUUAUGUCAGCUUGUAGUGUCUGUAUAUACACGUUCCCGUUGCUUUUCAGGAUUGUAGGACAGUUAUAUCGUAUGUUGCAAGGGAGAUCUUGUAGGGAUUUUGAGUGUGUUUUCUAUUAAGUAUUACUGUAGGUUUCUUGAGGUUUUUGUUUGCGGGAGCUGAAGUUAGGAGCUGUAUCUUGUGUAUUGACAAAAAUAAUAAAUAUGAAGGGGAAACCUUGUGCGUAUAAUGAAGAA